GUCUCGUGUCCGCCUCCGGGGACAGCGUCCGUGACGUCGCCGUUCUCGCGGUGACGUCACGGUGGGUGUGACGUCACGAGGGGCAGGCGGGGCUCGGGGCAGAGUCCCCGCCCCGGUGGCGGCGGCGGCGGGCGGGGGCCAUGGCCAAGGCGUACGACCACCUCUUCAAGCUGCUGCUGAUCGGGGACAGCGGCGUGGGCAAGACCUGCCUGGUCAUCCGCUUCGCCGAGGACAGCUUCUCCAGCACCUACAUCUCCACCAUCGGGAUCGACUUCAAGAUCCGGACGGUGGACAUUGAUGGGAAGAAGAUCAAGCUGCAGGUCUGGGACACAGCGGGACAAGAGCGCUUCAAAACCAUCACCACCGCGUAUUAUCGGGGAGCCAUGGGCAUCGUCCUGGUGUAUGAUAUCACUGACGAGAAAUCCUUCGAGAACAUCCAGAACUGGAUGAAAAGCAUCAAGGAGAACGCCUACGCCGGUGUCGAGCGACUCCUCAUCGGCAACAAGUGCGACAUGGAGGGCAAACGCAAGGUGCAGCGGGAGGAGGCCGAGAAGCUGGCAAAGGAGCACGGGAUCCGCUUCUUCGAGACCAGCGCCAAGUCCAGCGUCAACGUGGAGAAGGCGUUCUGCACACUGGCACGGGACAUCCUGCAGAAAUACUCACGGAAAGCGGCUCCUGGCAGCAGCCGGCCCCUGCUGGAGCCCGGCCCCCCCAGGAAAGCCGGGGGGAAAUGCUCCUUGGGUGUAAGCGUAUAAACUAGAAGCCACGCC